GACACUUGCAUUCUGCCACUCUCUCCGUCCUUGGUGGACAGAUUGAAACCCCACUUACAGAAUGUAGAGCCUAUCGCAAACAUCAUAACGGAAGGAGAUGAGCUCGCGGCAUGGAAGUCUCUUCUUGUGAUCUUCGUCGAGCGCGGCCGUGCCUGGAAACACCAAGCCUCUUGUGAUCCCAUCUGCACGUGUGGAAACGGCCUCGCUUUGGGAUCAUUUAGCAAGUCUCUUUGGAAGGAUUUGGCUCCUCAUGUGACGCGGGCUGCCAUCUCCCCUCUAUUUGCGGUUUCGUGG